AUGGAGCGGAUGCGGCCCGCUUGCCACCGCUGCUCAGGCAAGACCACUUUUGUGAAGCGUCACAUCACCGGCGAGUUUGAGAAGAAGUACGAACCCACCAUUGGCGUGGAGGUGCGGCCAUUGGACUUUACCACCAACCGCGGCAAGAUCCGCUUCUACUGCUGGGACACGGCCGGCCAGGAAAAGUUUGGCGGCCUGCGCGACGGCUACUACAUCCACGGGCAGUGCGCUAUCAUCAUGUUUGACGUCACGUCGCGGCUAACCUACAAGAACGUUCCCACGUGGCACCGAGACCUAUGCAGGGUGUGCGAGAACAUCCCAAUCGUGCUGUGCGGGAACAAGGUGGAUGUCAAGAACCGCCAGGUCAAGCCCAAGCAGGUGACCUUCCACCGGAAAAAGAACCUGCAGUACUACGAGAUCAGCGCCAAAUCCAACUACAACUACGAGAAGCCCUUCCUCUACCUGGCACGCAAGCUUGUUGGGGACCCCGCGCUGUCGUUUGUGGAGGAGGUGGCGCUGCCGCCCCCCGAGGUGCAGAUCGACCUGGCGGAGCAGGAGCGCAACGAGCGGGAGCUAGCGGAGGCCGUCAAUGCGCCGCUGCCCGCGGACGACGACGACGAGCUCAUUGACUGA